GCCCCGGCUCCCGAGCAGCCAGCGGCCACCGGCUCCUCCAGCGGCGCAGAGCGAGUCCGCGCGGCGCACCGAGCACGACACUCCACGGGCCCCGCGGCGCAGCGUCGGGACCGCCGCCCCCACGCCGCCCUCGGCCUCGGCGCCGGCCGCUCGCCGCCCGCAGGGGUCCCCCGCGCUCCUGGGCCUCGCGCCAUGGGCAGCCCCCGCUCGGCGCUGAGCUGCCUGCUGUUGCACUUGCUGUUUCUCUGCCUCCAAGCCCAGGAAGGCCCGGGCGGGGGGCCUGCGCUGGGCAGGGAGCUCACCUCCCUGCUGCGAGCUGCCCAGGAGCCCCAGGGUGUUUCCCAACAGGUAACUGUUCAGUCCUCACCUAAUUUUACACAGCAUGUGAGGGAGCAGAGCCUGGUGACCGAUCAGCUCAGCCGCCGCCUCAUCCGGACCUACCAGCUCUACAGCCGCACCAGCGGGAAACACGUGCAAGUCCUGGCCAACAAGCGCAUCAACGCCAUGGCAGAGGACGGCGACCCGUUCGCAAAGCUCAUAGUGGAGACAGAUACCUUUGGGAGCCGGGUUCGAGUGCGAGGAGCUGAGACAGGUCUUUACAUCUGCAUGAACAAGAAGGGCAAACUGAUUGCCAAGAGCAACGGCAAAGGCAAGGAUUGCGUGUUCACAGAGAUCGUGCUGGAGAACAACUACACAGCGCUGCAGAAUGCCAAGUACGAAGGUUGGUACAUGGCCUUCACCCGCAAGGGCCGGCCCCGCAAGGGUUCCAAGACACGCCAGCACCAGCGCGAGGUCCACUUCAUGAAGCGGCUGCCCCGUGGCCACCACACCACCGAGCAGAGUCUGCGCUUCGAGUUCCUCAACUACCCGCCCUUCACACGCAGUCUGCGUGGCAGCCAGAGGACUUGGGCCCCGGAGCCCCGAUAAGCACUGCGGGGGGCCCCCCUCCCUGCCUGCCCUGUGUGCUGGACAGCUGCC